AUGGGGCCGAGUAAGAAUCGAAAACAGAGUACCUUCUACAGUUUUCCAUGUGUGAGUGCUUGUGAUGUACGCGCCCGAUCCACCGCAAACAUUCACUCGUUCGAAGAUAAGGUCCAGUUGAAAAUGACAUCGGAUAAGAAUCUGUUAAACCCGUCCGGUUCCACAAAUCAUCUAUCAACAGCGCACAUAUCUUCCUACGGGAAUAGACGUGCCAAGUCCCAAAUGUUAUUGAACAGCAAGGGAGACCCGAUUCGACACAUGCCCAGUCACAUUAUGCCGGAACUACUGUACGAUUUGAGUCGGACAGGAAGUCACAUCAGUCUGGAUUUGACUUCUUCCUCGGAUGAGGAAUUUGGCUCACAACGAUCCGUGGUCAAACCAAACGCACCCAAAGUGAUUAUUUUGAAUGCGGAGAAAAAAAAGACGCAUUCGAAAGACAAACCAACCACGGAGCCUGUAAGCAGGAAAACAGUUUCGAAACCGGAUCAAGAAAUUCACUCAACCUAUCGUGUGCUCAUCCCGAAACAGCCUCAGAUGGUUAAAAGAUCUUCCAUGCACACACCACAAGAUAAAGAUUUUAGCAGCACCAACUCCCUGCCCAGUCGAUGUCAGUCAAGACCGCAAUCGAGUAGUAUUCUCUUAAACAAGAUUGUACCUCCGGGGUCAGCAGAAAAUUUUAUGCAAGAUGCCACUUAUGACCUCAGUCGGGAUGAAUAUGAUCCGUAUGGACUGGUUCGGAGAAAUUUUCGCAAUUGGUUUGGUGAAAGCAUCUACACGAACCCGAUCGGGGGAGCAAAUGAGUCGAGAACCUCGUCCGGUCAGUUCUCUCUCAGUUCUUGUCAAAGUGCUCCGUCUCCGUGGACCAUUCCACGCGCGUUUGAUCGACGCAGACGCCGUAAUGGGGUUCGAUCGAAUCUCAUCACUGAGGUCGCGGUUCUUUGA